UUCCGAGGAACAAACAUGGCGUCCACACUGUUGAAGGUUGCAGUAUCAGGCGUUUCCAGAUGCUCCCGCAUCAUGCUCCUCAGGGGACAUUCAACAACAGCGGCCCUUCAACAGGGAAUUCCUGGAUCGCUUUGGAAGCUGGGAAAGCUGAACCACAUUGCCAUCGCUGUGCCUGACAUGGAGAAGGCCACAGCUCUGUACCGGGAUGUGCUCGGGGCCACAGUGAGCGACAAGGUGCCCCUGCCUGAGCAUGGCGUCUACACAGUGUUUGUGGAGCUUGGAAACACCAAGCUGGAGCUGCUCUAUCCUUUGGGGGACAAGAGCCCCAUCUCUGGCUUCUUACAGAAGAACAAAUCCGGAGGAAUGCAUCACAUUUGUAUUGAGGUAGACGACAUUAACGCUGCCGUGGCCGACCUGAAGGCAAGGAACAUCCGAACGCUGUCAGCAGAGCCCCGAAUAGGUGCCCACGGGAAGCCGGUCAUGUUCCUUCAUCCUAAAGACUGCGACGGUGUGUUGGUGGAGCUUGAGCAAGCAUGAAUGUGGGAGUUGUUCCUUCACAUCUAGAAAUGUCACGGCCAGAUUAUCGUGGUGAUUACAGUGUUACAAAUCCUCAUUAUUUUCCGAAAACACGCUCUUGGUUUUCUUCUUCUGUUGGGAAAUUAUCAUAGUGUGGUGUGUCUUUUUACAAUUCCCAUAAAUAACAAUAUUAAUAACAUAAUAACAAUAUUAUUCACUGACUUUUUAAUUUUUGUUUUCAUUUAAGUUUGAAUAUCUUUCUGUGCCGUCCGACAACCCCAAAAAUCUGAAAAGAUGGGACAGCAUGGAUUAUUCAAAUAAAACACUUUCUGCAGUUUAAUUGCAUCUACUUUACAAAAUUUACUUUGACUUGUAUUUUAUUAUAAAAUAUGAACCAGAUAUAUAUAUAUAUAUAUAUUAAGUUUUUGUUGUAGUUGUAAAAAUUGAAAUUACUGUGUAAACUGAUGCCCUCAGAUGGCACUGCAUCUAAAACCAUCUUUCAUCAAUGGCUGAUAUGAUAAGAACCAUGACAAGGGAAGCCUUUGAUGAGCAUGACAAUAUGUAGUUUCAGAAAUUGAGGUUUAAACUUCACUCUGUAAAAAACAAAUCCUUAUGUUAUCCUUGUAAAGAGGUAGUGUCAGCAGCAACUUAUGCUGCGUUCAAAACAACUUGUUUUCCAGGGACGUGUUUUUAUUUUUCAACAAAACAAAGCAAAUCCACACUGCACAUAUUUAAAGGGCAUGGCUGCAGUGAAAAAGAAGGUA